AGAGAGAGAGAGAGAGAGAGAGAGUCUAUGAAGAUGAAUAUCUACGUGUGAGUCAUAAUCAUUCAUUCAUACACCCCAAAACUUUCACUUUCUCCAAAUAAUCCCCCCUUUUUAUAAUUUUCUUUCCAAAUAGAUAAUAUUUCUGUAGAUAGCAAUAUUAUGUGUGGUGCUCGUAAUAGCUAAGCAGGUACAUACAAAUUCUCAUUUCCCACUAGCAUUUGCUUAAUGUCCAUAGGAGCCCAUUUUCCAUAAGCUCCAACUUUCUCAUAACUUUCUAAUUCUCCUCCUCCUUCACACCACACUCCCAACACAGAGAAGACACAACAGCCUAGAAAGGAUUUCUCAUUUCCUCCUCCAGUUUUCCACAUCUGAGACAUAAAGGUACACUAUGAGGGCAUCAUUCUCUUGCAAACAAGCAGCACAACCCCUAGUGAACUUCCCAGGGGGGCUCAGAAUGGAACCUUUCAAUCCGUGGCGCCAAAAGGACAAGGUGGUGAUAGUGAUGGGAGCCACGGGCACCGGAAAAUCGAGACUUUCCAUUGACCUAGCCACCCGUUUUCAGGCGGAGAUCAUAAAUUGUGAUAAAAUGCAGGUGUAUAAAGGGCUUGACAUAGUCACCAAUAAAGUCACUGAAGAGGAAUGUCGAGGGGUCCCUCACCAUUUGCUAGGGAUCAUGGACCCUAAUGUGGACUUCACGGCAAGUGAUUUUCGACAUCAUGCAUCAAUGGCAAUAGCAUCCACCGUGAGGGCUAAUCGACUUCCGAUCAUAGCCGGAGGGUCCAAUUCAUAUAUCAAGGCUCUAGUGAAUGAUCAUAUUGAAUUUAACUCGAAAUAUGAUUGUUGUUUCCUUUGGGUUGAUUUGUCAUUACGUGUCCUUCAUUCAUUUGUAUCAAAACGGGUUAAUCGAAUGAUGGAGGCAGGUUUAAUUGAUGAGGUAAGAAGAUUUUUUAAUCCAGAAGGCGAUUACACACGAGGGAUUAGACGUGCCAUUGGAGUUCCUGAAAUGCAUCAAUAUUUCAGGGUUGAGUCAAUUGUUGAUGAUAUCACUCGAGCUAGAGUGCUUGAAGCAAGCAUUGAUCAAAUUAAAGCCAAUACUUGUAAAUUGGCAUGCUGCCAAUUACAAAACGUAUUAAGGCUUCAAAACCAACUAAAGUGGGACAUGUACCACCUUGACGCUACCGAAGCAUUUCUGAAACGUGGGGCCGAAUCAGAUGAAGCUUGGGAGAGGCUCGUGGCGGGACCUAGCACCAUGAUCGUGGAGCAAUUCCUUUAUGAACAAGAUUUUGCCCCACCAAUCACCGUCCCAAGAACAUCGGUCGCCCUCGGCUCCACCGGUGCCACUGCUACAGCCGUGGCUGCUGCCGCCCGCUAGAGAAGAUAGUAGGCCUCGUGUGAUGGUGACACGUGACAAGCACAUGACAAAGUAUUUUUUUUUUAUAUAUAUAUAUAAAUUAUGGAAAUCGCUGUCAGGUCGUUAAGUUCCCACAUUUGGCGGCCGUCCAAUUGAGAAGCAUUAUAGAAAUUCGUGCUGGGCUACUAUAACCAAUAUGUCACCCUUUGCACGCGCCUAUUUUUGGUACUGUGGGGUGCGCUGCAUUGGAGUUUUUGUAGGGUCCAAUACAAUUUCUGGUAUAUUAGUCCAAUAAACUGUCUUUGUACCUUAUGGAGAGGGAGAGAGAGUUUGGCUUCUUGGUGUGCCAUAUUUGGACAUGGGCUGUAUUACUUUUGAGAUCGAC